CGGGCGUUUUGUGGUGGAACCGCUCCCGGAUACCAUGGCAAAGGCCCUUUUUAUAUUUAACGAUUUUUCCUGCUUUAUUUUAGCGUUGCAUUAUUGUUUUCCUUCUGCUUCUUUCGUACUGUCAAAAUGCAGUCAGUUGUGUUGGUGUGUUGGUGGCACGCGUCGGUACGCGCUGUUCCCCGUCGUCAGCUGUGUUGGGGCGAAUUGCACACCCUUGAAAAAACAAAACCGGGGUGAAAACUUUCUCCCUUUAUUUACCAUUUGCAAAGAUGCGUGAAGUGUUCGACCUGUUAACCGCGUCCAACAUUGGCUAUGAAUCGUUCGAAAAAAUCUCGAUUAUUAUACAGAAACGCUUGACUAAUGCGGGCAACUGGUUCCAGGUCGGUUCAGCGCUUGCUUUGUUAUUGCUGCAGAACGAUCUGACGUACCCGUUUGACCGGCUGGCGGGCAUUUACGUGCUGUACGAUAUCCGGCGCAAAGAGCAAACCGAAUCGCCCUUCUACCUGUUUCUGGCCCGGUUUCUGGAACCCAUCGGUGGUGUUGGUGUGCCGCCGGCCAACACCCGAAGGCACAUGGUUGAGCUAAAGUUUAUACAUCUGCUGCUGUCCAAUGGUGAUCCGGAGAUUGACAGAAAAACGCCACGAAUGUUUUGUCAGGCCGUGGCCGCCCUGCCCACCCCGAUCGGACCGGCGGAAAUUGCGUUUGUGAAGGCAAAGGUGACGGAGCGGUUAAAAGACUAUCCGCUUACUGUACGAUCGAACGUGAUGAAUGUAAUUCCGGCGAUACCGGUUCUACCCGGGCGGGAACCAGGGCUGGAAAACUAUACCGGGCCAGCCAUCGAAGAGCUCAUCAACGGCAUGCACCUUAACGCGAGCAAUCCCUUGACGAACGCGCUCGGCCCUUCGUUUCUGUCCGUAGCACCACCGCUGCUGACGUGCGAGGAUGAGCUGAUCUGGCUCGAUUUGGGCAGCCCGUCCUACCACAAGCCCGUCUACAAUAGCUGUAGCGACGCGGAACCAACACCGGACAAAUGUUUGCAAACGCUGCUCGAUCAAUCGUUCCGCCAGGCGCUAAGCAUUGCCGAUCAGCAAACGCUCGUCAACGAACUGGAGAAGGACACCCAACAGACGCACCUGUCGUGCGUUACACCGGAAAAGCUUCCUAACCUUAUCGAGUACAAUCCAACGAUCGCGAUCGAAAUUCUGAUGCGAUUGCUCAAAACGCGCCACAUCGAUGCUUACCUGGACGUAAUCGUUGAGAUGGAACUGUCGCUCCAUUCGAUGGAGGUGGUUAACCGGCUUACCACUUCCGUCGAUCUGCCCGUCCAUUUCGUGCAUCUGUACAUUGUGAACAGUAUCGGCACCUGUUCGACGAUCCGCGACAAGUACAUGCAGAACCGGCUGGUACGCUUGGUCUGCGUGUUUCUGCAGAGCUUGAUACGGAACAAAAUAAUCGACGUCAAGCAGCUGUACAUCGAGAUCGAAACAUUCUGUAUCGAAUUUAGCCGGAUACGGGAGGCGGCCGCAUUGUAUCGAUUGUUGAAACAGCUCGAACUGGACCAGGGUACGGUGGCUGGGAGCAGCUCCGGGACGGGGACGGCCGGUGGUGUACAGCAAUCGCCGAAGGAAUCUUAGACGGUUGGAUGAGCAGCGGCCACCUGAAGAAUCUAGGAAUGCAAUAAACACAUAAAUUAUAAUGCUUCAA